CUAUCUCUUAAUUCUCUUAAUUGAUUACUUGUUUGUUCCAUCUGCCAUCGGCUCGCAGUUCAUCGACGACCAAUGUCUGGCUAUACUGGUUUUAUCGACGCUCUCAGUAACAGCCGUAGUGGUGCCCUUGUUGACCACCCUUUACAAGCCACCCAGGUAUUUUGCCACACACACACACAGAGCAAUCCAGAAUGCCCAACCCAAUGACGAGUUCCGAAUCCUUGCAUGCGUGCACUGUGAAGAAAAUGUCUAUGGCGUCAUCUCCCUCCUUGAAGCUUCCCAUCCAACUGAGGAAAGCCCCAUUUGCGCCUAUGUACUCCACCUUGUUGAGCUGGUCGGCCGAUAUGCAGCGGUGGUACACAAAACCGAAUUGCCGAAAUGCGGCAGUAAGCAAUCCGACACUGAUCAUAUUGUCAGCGCCUUCAAGAAGUACUCCGACGAUUCAAAUGGGACGGUCUACAUCCAGCCCUUCACCGUCAUCUCACCCUACAGAACCAUGCACGAGGAUAUUUGCACGCAAGCAGCUGAUAACAGGGUGGCUCUCAUUAUCAUACCUUUUCACAACAACUAUUCCAACAUGGCUUCUGGGAGGUCCAGUGCUUUGUCUAACCUUAACCUAAACGUACUCGUCGGUGCACCUUGCUCGGUGGGGAUCCUCGUCGACCACGAUUACCGGCGGCCCGCCCUGCGUAGCCAGCACUUCUCCUAUAAGGCAUUGUUGAUAUUCUUAGGCGGAGCCGAUGACCGUGAGACACUGGCUUAUGCUAACCGCAUGUCAUAUCACCCAGGUGUGAGCAUCACCGUGAUAAGGUUCCGAUUAUCGAACGGCAGUGACAACAGUGACGAUUAUGAGGCUGAGAAGAAGCUUGAUGAGUCGGUUCUGCUCGAAUUUCAAUUUAAGAGCAUGAACAAGCAAUCUGUCUUCUACCAUGAAUCGGUCGCGGCGGAUGAGGGGCAUGUGCUUCCUCUAAUUGGAUCUCUGGAGGACGACUACGACCUUAUCAUGGUGGGCAGAAGACAUAGGACCACCAUGGCUGACUGGAGGGAGAGCACGGAGCUCGGGUUUCUUGGCGACAAGCUUCUGUCAUCAAACUUGGUUUCCAAAAUUUUCUCCCUGUUGGUAGUGCAGCGAUGCGAAGCGGUGAAUUCCGAUCCAAUAAUUAAAUGAAGAAACCAAACUUUGAGAAAUUUUGGCUACCGUCAGUCAGUCCUUGCACCAUUA